AUGACUGUUGAGGAUGCAAAGCGUAACUUGCAAGCACUGAUCACACGUGAUCACCAGUUGGACAUUGAACUGAAGCAGUACAUCCAGAUGAAAGAUGACCUUGAGCGACAGAUGGAGUGCUUUGACAAGGAUGUACCAGACUAUCUCAGUCUCCUCCUAUCUAAAUCGAACCAACUCACCAAUACCAUAUCAUCGACGUGCAGUCUCGCAGAGUUGCUCUCUUCAAAGGUCAAGAAUCUCGAUCGCAUCAGAGAGCGUAUAAAGGAGACUCUAAAGAAGGUUGAUGACAUCGUUGAUCUAAAGAACUGCAUUGAAGGCAUUCAAAAGUCAUUGGAGCUUGAGGACUUUGAAGCUGCUGCCAAUCAUGUACAUCGCUAUCUCAACAUCGACCAAGCUGUGUUGGAGCCAUCAUCUAUCGAAAUGUUGAACAAUGCACAACAGAGACUGUCAAGCAUGAUUGAACAGAAGUACAAGUUGGCACUAUCCUCUAACAAUCACUCUGAUGUAUUGAGAUUCUGCAAGCUAUAUAUACAACUUCAGAAGGAGGAAGAGGGUGUGGAGAAGUACUGUAACUUCUUAAAAUUGGAAUCAGAGGCUACAUUGGACGUUGUUGUAAAGCAAUACCAAACCUCCAUUGGUCGCCCAACACAGCCCAAACAGCAACAACAACCACAACAACAGACACCAGGAGGAAUUAGUGCAACAACAAUACUGACAAAGAUACUACAGCACUUUGCAUCAACGAUAGAGGACUACCUGGAGGUGGUGCGAAAGGAGUUUGGAAUUAGACUGUGUCCACUAUUCCUUCGACUGGUAUCACAUCACACCGAUAACUACACUGGCAGAGUGUUCGCUUUGUUCUCAGAGCAAUUCAGCAUCGCCCGUUGCGUCUCUGAUAUCUCGAGCACAAACAAAGAACAUCAACAACAACAUCAUCAUCAUCAACAACAACAACACAGAGUGGACCCAAGAAACUUUGCUCAACUGUUGGAUGAGAUUGUUAUGAUGAGCAAGGCAACAAGAUUCUACGAACGCUAUCUUAUAAACAAGGAGAGAAUCAUCAAGGAGUCCAUUAAGAAGGAGAUUGAACUAAUGGUCAGUGGUGGUGGUCAAUCAUCGACCAACAAGCACAUCGACACUUUGGAUGACAGAUCAAUCAACGAAGAGGUCUCUGGUGUUAGAGUGCCUGGACAACCUCACAGCACAUUGGAGCAGUUGGAAAAGGUCAACCUAAAGACAACGAUGUACUCAACACAGACUAAAUCCAAGAUGAACGACCUGCUUGGGAGCUAUCUUUUGUUGGAGGAGUACUUCAUGGUGGAGAGUUCGCACAAGGCAGUUCAACUGGACGAGCACUCUGAUGACUCUCUCAACAGCAGUAUGGUGGACUACAUAUUCUUUGUUCUCCAAAAGUCACUACAGCGUUCAAUAGACUCUUUCAAUAUGCAGACACUCAACGUAAUAACCAACUGCAUGAUAAAAGUAUUGAUUCGUACUCAAGACACAUUGCAAAGAAUGUUUAGAGAGCAAAUACAAAAGGCAACAUCCAAAGCUAACAUUGACUACAAAGAAUCAAUGAUUGUAUUAAAUAAUAUAGAGACAAGUGGAGAAUAUAUUCUAAAGUUAAAGAAGGAGUUGGAGACAAGGUGCGAGAAGAUGUACACUUUGGCAGAGGAGAAGGAUCAGGUGGCACUGCAGGUGGCAGAGUUUAGCGGUGUGGCCAAGAGUUACAAUCGCCUGCUACAGGAGGAGAUCGAUCAGAUAUUCAGGAGUAUACAACCAAAGCUAAAGAAUGUCUUGUUCCUAUUCACCAGUGUUAACUACGAGAUUGGCCAGGAGGAGUAUGACAACAACGAAGUGAACGAUCCCUUUGUCUAUCCAUUCACCGUGGAGAUAUCACAGUUCCUCCAGCCGUUUGAAGAUCACCUCACAACGACCAACUAUGACAGCAUCGUGCAUCUGACCAUUGGAUUCCUUGUGAAGAAGAUCGAGAAUGGCAUCUACCUGAAGCACUUUACUCAGAUAGGCGCCCUCCAGUUUGGAAAGGACAUCAGAGCCAUAUUCAACUUCUUUGCCAAGCUGUGCAAGUCCACCAUCAGAGAUAAGUUCUCCAAACUCAAUCAGAUCGUCUCCCUAUUGACAUUGGAGCGACUGUCAGAGAUUGAAGAGUUCUGGUCUGACAACAGUAGUAUGCUCUCUUGGAAACUGUCUCCAACUGAAGUCAAGAAACUGUUGGCUUGUAGGACUGACUUCCAAACUGAUCAGAUACAUAAAAUAAAGAUUUAA